CCGUGCCUCUCCUGUUCCCACGUCCGUGGCAAACCCUUCGUAUCUCGAACGCGACCUGAUGUUUGAAAACCUGUCAGGCGCGACUCGUGAGUUGUGAUGGGUUUUACGGUAAUCAAUCGUGCCCAUGUUGUUGCUUCGCCAUAACCCAGCGAAGAAGAUCACUCGCCUUCUACAAUGUCCCGCGAUUAGAGCCGAACGAGGCGUGGCAGAUACAUGCGGAUGCGAGUGGAUGGGGGAGGGAUCAAUCUGUGUAGCUGGGAGGGGUGAGAAUCUGUUGACGUCGCCAGGAAUUCGCGUAGUUGAACCUGCGUCGUCCGCGCGGGAACCCGUGUCGGCAUCUGAGCCGCGCAAUUCGUCGCUGGAAACCGCAGCGUUGAUGUUAUGUGAGCUAAGGACGGCGCAACACCGGGUGAAUGGACACUCUUCCACCGAGAAGAAGGUGCUAGCUUCGGCGGCGUUUAUGGCGGCUGCUUCGUCUGGUUUUCCGGGAAGGGACAGGACUCAGGACCUCCUUAAAGACAACAAUAAUUCCUUCAGUUGCUGUUCUGAAGAAGACGGCGAGCACGGAUUGAACGGGACCGCGUUCUCUGGAUUGGGCGGCAGUCCCAAGACCACGACGUUCUCUGGCUUGGGCGGGAGUCCCAAGACCACGACCUUCUCUGGAUCGGUGGGCGAGAGUCCCAGGACCACGACGUUCUGUGGAUUGGUGGGCGAGAGUCCCAACGUGGUGGAAAAUUGUGCGACUCCACACUUAUCCUCGCUCUGCUCCUCGCCAGCUUCGGCAACUCGUCGAGUCGUCGACUCGUCGAUCAACGGAUCGCGAUCCCGAUCCAGUGUUGACAUCAACUGUCCCGUAUUCGAUCUGAACUCUCCCUCUUGCAGCCCGCGCAGGGGCGGGAGCAUCUGCGGUGGCGGCUAUGGAGGCGGAAGCUGUCGCAGCGACGAUGCUCUCGUAGGAGGAGGAGGAGGAGGAGGAGGAGGAGAAGCGUUGGAUGCCGUUGCGUUGGCGAAGGAAGGAGGAGAGGGAGUGGUAGACGGACAGGCGUUGAGGCCAACAUCAGGAGAAAGGUGCGCGGUGAUAGGAGGGCGAGGAGGAGGAGGAGGAGGAGGAGGAGGAGACGGGAGGACGGCAGGAGCUUCUUCGCUGGACGAUCUUGCUGUCUCUAGGUGCCGAUUGUUUUCUUUGUCGCUGAUGGGUGGCGGUCGAGAGGUUGCAGGAUCGAGCCUUAGCAGUGGUAACGGCUCGGAGGGGCAUGGGGGAGAUAGUGUAUGCUCGCUUCGUACGAGCAGUAGUUUGUCUUCUCGCUGUUGUUAUCACUGCUGCCGUUGUGGGGGGCGAUUCACUGCCGCAGCUGACGGCGACGGCGGUGUCAUCUGCGAAGUGCGUCGGAACGACUAUCAUCACUCCAUCGUGGACAUCAUCUCGCGGCUGCUGAUGGCGGAGCUGGAGGUGGGCCGCGGCUACGGCAAGCGCAACCAUGGGGGGUCGUCAUCUAUGUGCAGGAGUGUGGUGAACAGCGUGGACGGAGAAAGCGUCAGCACCGGUCCAAUCAGCGGGGGAGAAGGAGUGAGGAGGAGCCACGCGUGCUGCUGUCCCUCCUGUUGGGAGGCAGAGAGACCCUCCUCCGCUUCCCUCGUAGGCGAGGCGAAAUCCGUCGACGAACAAGAAGACGGAAUCCGUUUGCGGAGCCAACUCGGCCGUUUGAACGAGCGGCUUUACGAUCUGCAGCUCGAGAUGGGUCGGCUGGAGGUGAGGAUGGUAGGCGCCGCCACGUUUUUGUCCCCGCCCCCUCAAUCAGCUGACUGCGCCGAGUCUCCGCCUUUGCCGUUGUACGCACGAUCAGCGCAGCAGCAGCAGCCAUCGCCGUGCGUCCACGUGGACGGUGGGGCGGCGGUGGGAGGUGAGCAACAGUUGGCGGUGACUGCAUCAGUGGGAGCAGCAGCGAUAGCCACCGCGGCAGGAGGCAAUCGUGCUCGCGAGGCGGCGAAGGAGAAGGGGGAGGAGGGGGGGGCGGGGAAAGAGGAGGAGGAGGAGGAGGAGGGCGAUAGGCAGUACUCUCCGCCGACGGGGGUAUCCGCGAUGGCGGCCGGUGUGAGAAAUCGAUCUGCUUCAGAGGACGGGCUACGCUCCUCUCCCCGAUCUAUGUGCUGCUGCGCUCCUCCUCCGACGAAUGACCGACAGCAGCGAGGCAUGAUGGCAGUGGAGAACGGGGCGACGAUGAUGAGGGAGGAUCACCGGGAGCAUGGGGUGGAGGAGUACGGGUUGCGGCGGCAUGUCAUCAACGAGCAAUCGCGUUCGCAGGGAUCGGGAUCGGUAAUGAGCAGCGUCCCGACUAAGGCGAAUGGCUCUCGCUUCGUCGAUAACGGCGCGGACGAAGACGAUAACGACGAGGGCGGACGGCGAAGAAUGGUCGAGGAUGACAGCAAUCAUGGUGGUGAGGGGCCGCGGAGGGUGGUCGCAGCGACUGGGACUGGCGGCGCGGCGGCGACGCAAAAGGGAUUGGUGCCGCAAAUGAUAUUCGAGGAAGGCAAGUCGGCGGAUGGACUGCAGCCGAUCCCGCCGGCUUCAGCGGCGGGAUCGCUGUUAUUGUCGCUAAUCCGCCGGGAGUCGGAGUCGCGUGGGAACGAGGCAGCGGUAGAAGGAGAGGAGGAGGCGAGCAACGGUGUCCAAGUUCCCCCCCACGCGGCCGAUCUGCCUUGUCCGCCUCCGCCUCCUCCCGUUUUCUCCACGAAUCAGUGGAGAUGGGAGUGCGAUCGACUGGUGGCGGAGAACCGCCGUCUGCGGGCGGAGCUGUCGAGUCGAGACGCGCAAGCCGCGGACAGCCGUGCGGAGUUGCAACGAGCGCACACAACCAUCUCCGACCUGCAAUCUGUGCUGACGGAGGUCGACGGGGAGCAAAUUCUGGUCGGGCGGAGGCGGUCGCCGCCGUGUGCGGUGUCGGGGAUCGGGAUAGGGACCGGCGACGAUGACGAAAGCACGGUGGACGGGUUGAGGAGGGGGCUGGUGGAGAGGGACGCGGAGAUUGCGCGGCUGAGCGCGGAGCAAGAGCGCAGGGAAGGGGAACUGGCGGAGUGGAGGGCGGAUAGGGCCCGGCUGGCGAUGGCGGUCGAGUGUAUUGCCCGUCUGGAGAGCGAUUUGGCCCACAAGGACCGAGAGAUCGCCUGCGCGAUGCGCUGUGCCUCGUCCGAGGCAACGAGAAGUAGCAGUAAUCCAUGGCCGCCUGCUCCUCACAUCUUCGUCGACAAAGGAGACCCUCGCAGUCAGCAGCAGCAAGGCCAACAACUUGUAACUGACGUCAACAGUUCGUCUGCUGCAGCUGCAUCGGCAGAAGCAAGCAUGGCAGCCGUAGGUCAAGGCGGCGAGGAGGGUGCACGUUGCUUGUCUGUCGUGGGAGGAGACGGUGGGGGGAGGGCGGUCAAACACAGAGAGGUUCAGACGGCAGUGGCCUCGACGGAUCUGAUGGGGGCGGCGGUAAUCAGUGGUGCGGAGGCGGAUACGGUGGUGGUGCUCAGGGAGGAGAUCGCCGCCAAAGACGAGGUGAUUGCGCAAAUGAAGGCUGAGGUGGCGCGCUUGGAGGAGAUGGUGUGUGCUUAUCGAGCUGACGUGGCAGUCAAGGAUAAAGAAGUUGCGGCUUGCAGAGCCGACGUGGCAGCGAAAGAUAGAAAGAUAUCCAGUCUGAAGGCGGAGCUGGGGGCGAAGGAUCGGGCCAUCUCAGGAUACAAGAAUCAACUAGCUAUGUUGAGGAAGGAGAUCGCGGGGUGGGGAGUGGGUUACGGACAGUCGAUCCAGUUGAUGGAUGGUUAUGGGCGACCAUGGGCGGAUAUUGACAGCAGCAGCUCUGGAUGGAUUAUUACGGAUUGUCUAUGUGAAAUGGAGGCGGAUGCAAACGUGGGCGACAGUCAGAGACGUCGGGGUUGCGUUCGACUGUCAGCUUUUGAUGGCAGUUGUCGAUGGCUAACAGUGGAUAACAGUACCGAUGCCUACGACCGGUCGUGGUCGGGGAGUAUGGAUGCCUACGACCGGUCGGCGCGUUGGGCUGGAUGGAGUGUCAUAGAGGGGUUGGUAGGUGCACUGGGGGCCUUGAGGACCAUUAUCUGUGGUCAUGGGAUCGAAAUUGAUAGCUGCCCGUGGCGGCUGUCCGUGGCUAUGGGUGGCAUACCAUUGGACAUCGAUGAGUACCUUUGACUGUCAAAGAGUGAUCUUUUUCGAAUGGGAGGGCGGGCGAUUGUCUCCUGUGGGUGGCAAUGACUAACUGGCAGCGAUCGCGGCUUCAGAUUACGGUUUCGGUGCAGAGAUGGAAAAUUUGUUUAGUUCUGCUCAGUAUGGCCACCGAGACAGCGCCGUAUACGGAUCAAUGCAUGGCCACGUGAUGCCUUGUAGCGGGGAAAGAUUGGAGCAGCAGAUGGUCGCCUGUCGACUGCUGGAAGUCGUGCAGGCUGCCGUCUUCCCCCUCCUCACUCCUCCUCCCCACUGUAUCGGACCGGAAAGAGAGCUUGUGCACGUUCACGAUCGGAGCGUGAAAGAGGGCAGUGUACAAGUGGGCAGCAAGGUAAUGUAGUGGGCAGCAAGGUAAUGUAGGAGGCAGCCAGGCGUGGAGUUCACAUCGAAUGAACGGGACAAGGGGAGGUACUCAUGAAUGGACUCUUCCCUUGUGGCAACUUGUGCCUGGGAGUUCUUUUCUAACGCGAUAGGUGUGGGUUCCCUAAUGUCUCGCUCGUUGUAAUAACGAAAGUGCUCUCUUUCUCACAUCUGCUUUCUCUUUGUCUCUCUGUCUCAUCUCCGUUCUCUUCACCCUCUGUCUCGUUUUCUUCUCUUCUCUUCUGCUCUUUCUCAUUUCCAUCUCUCUCUCUCUCACUGUUAUGUCCUUCCUCUUCAUCCCUCCCUCCCUCUCUCUCCGCCCCCCCGCCUCCCUCUCUCUCUCUUUCUCUCCCUGCCUCCCUCUGUCCCUCUUUUUGGAUGUGUGAUAGGGUCGGAUUGAGAGGGAGCUGUCCGAAUGCGGGAAGGCAGUUGGCUUGCUGCCGCUGCUUGGUUCCUGCUAUCUAUGCUAUAAUAGACCGAUGAACCGGGAUCCCUCGGUUUCCGUAUUUCUCUCUCUGUCUAUUCGGUAGCGUAUUUCUGGAUCUAUGUGCAGACUUUAUAGAGUCGAGCGACGAGCAUAUGGGUAACCCGCAAAACCCAUCGAUAGUCCAGGCUUAUAUACUAUGAUGCAUGAUAGCAUAUGCCAUACGCAGUGUUGCUCUGCUCUCACUAGUCCGUCGGAUGUCACAAUAUACUAGAUCAGCAUAGAUGGAUGCUAAUACUGGUAGUCGAUGUUAAUGCCCUGUUUACUAUACUGCCUUUCCCCCCCCUCUUUUCUCUUUUAACGAAGUACCAUCUUGUGAAGGUAAUCCGUUAGACCUAGUCGAUGUUAAUGCCUGUAUACUAUACUGCCUUUCCCCCCCCUCUUUUCUCUUUUAACGAAGGUAAUCCGUUAGACAUUUAACCAGCUCCGAUGUCUGAUGUAGCAUCUUGGCCCAGCGUCAGCGUCUGUUUUCUGAAUGGAUCAACAUAGUUGCUAUGCUGAGAGCAUGCUAUACUGAUAGUAUAUGCUAUACGUUGUUUACUGUGCAGAUAGCUCUGAUUGCUUGCUGGAAAUGUACUGUCCGGCUGUGGGUACUGGUCUCCCAAAAAAGGUGGUGUGUAUGAAUUUUUAGACGGAUGCGGGGUUAUUAUGAGGUGUGCAGUCUGCAGACAGGGGUAAUGGGGGGUCUCUAUUCUGACGAAGCCUGCGAUUCUGAGAUGGUGAUGAAAAGGCUACUGGUGAUUGUGACCAUGCAUUUGGCCGAUGGAUGGAUGAAGCAAUGAAGGAUGUGAUUGAUUAAGGAAUGUAGACGCUUGCCGCUCUGGACGCUGAUUCCCUUGCCGUCGAAAAUAAGAAAAAAGCGAUACUCUUUUCUAUUUCCUGCUAUGAAGGUGGCUGGAAAUUUAGGCUAGCGUUAGCGACUUGUACGCUAGUUGGGCAACAAAGGAAUUGUUUCCAUUUCAGUUCGCUGCGACUUUUUCAUUGCUGGAUUGAUUGGUGGCGUCAAAUUCAAGCUCCUGAUGUUUUCAUGGCCUUUUCAUCCCCCCCCCUCUUUGUGAAGUCGUGGAGUCUGUCUAUAUAUGUACGCCUGAUGAGUCGGUAGGUGAAACUCCGACGAAACAGUUUGUCGCAGCCCCCCCUCGUUUGUUGUCCUCUUUCUUCUCCCUCCCUCUCUGCCUACGGAUUAAUGCACAGCUCUGUUUGACGAUAGAGUAUGUACUUGUGUAUGAUGACGAGUCUUGCGAAACUCUGACGA